CCUCCCCAUCACGUUAUCUUCUCUGUCGAUUUUAGCCCUACUUCCAUCUCCUCCCUCUGCAAAACGUAACCAACUCUCAUUUCCUUCUCUCUCUCUCUCUCUCUUCAAAACCAAUCAAACCCUAACUUUCUCUCUAUAGCUUUCUCUUUUUUGUAAAUCCAUUCUCAGAGAAAAAAAACCUUCAGCUUCUAUUCAUUUCCGUCUCUAACCUUCACAAUCCUCGCCAAAAUCUCUGAUCUCCGUGAUUUUUGAAUAUCUCAUAUAUCAAAUUUUAUUAAAAAACCAGAAUUAUAAGCUUUUCUUUUUUUCUUUUUGAAUUUUUGUUCUUUUAGUAAAUAUAUACUUAUAUUAGUUAUAUAUAUAUAUAUAUAUAUUAGUAUUUUUGUGUUUUUUCGGAUAAGAUUUUGUUUGAUCUUAAUUUGUCGAAAACCCAAACCCUAGAGUUUAUCUAAAAUCCGAUUCUGAUUUCAUUUCUUUCACACUUGAGCCCCUGAGGUUCCCUGAAAUUACAGUUAUACCAAAACAAAAAACAAAAAAUUAACCAAAAUUUUUGAUCUGCGAGCGAUCUGAGAGAGUGAAAUGGUGGGCGGCGGAAGCAGAAGAGACGAGGGGUCGUUGGUUCUCAACAACACCAACGUGUUUGCAGCCCUCGACACGCGGCGGAAGAAGAAGAAGUCAGAUAAGGACCGCAAAGGCGGCAAGGGCUCUUCCAAUUCCAAGGAAAACUCGGGUUCGGCUCCUAAGGAGCCCGAGCCUCAGAAGUACUGGACUCCGGCCCCAUUGAAUGCCAAAUCCUGGGCCGAUGUGGAUGAUGAAGAUGAGGAUGAUUACUACGCCUCCUCAGCUCCGGCACAAGACAUCUGGGCCGGGCAGGAGCACGAGGAGCAGCAGCAGCAGCAGAGUACUACUACGGACCAGCUGAGCCACCCCGAGGAUAGUGAGAGUGAAGAAGAUGAAGGGGAUGAUGAUGUUGAGGAAGAGCAUGAACAUGAAACUGAGGUUCCAGUGCACCCUGAACCAGAGGCAAAGAAAGCUCUGGAAGUUGUCCCAGCUAAGGAGACAGAGAGGCAGCUUUCGAAAAAGGAAAGGAAGAAGAAGGAGCUUGCUGAGCUUGAGGCCCUUUUGGCUGAUUUUGGAGUUUCCCAGAAAGACAGCAAUGAACAAGAUGAGUCACGUGUUGAUGCACAAGAGAAGAAAGAUGGGGAGGCUACUGCAGAUGGUGAGAAAAAGGAUAAUGUUUCUAUGGAGUCCAAGAGCUCUAAGAAGAAGAAAAAGAAGGAUAAAACUUCCAAGGAGGCGAAAGAAGCCCAGGAUCAGCCCAACAAUGCAGACAUGACCAAUGGUUCAGAUGAAGCUGCUGGUACUGAACAGACAGAAGAGGAUGCAUCUGCUGUUGAUGUGAAGGAGAGGCUAAAGAAGAUGGCAUCUAUGAAAAAGAAGAAAUCUAGUAAAGAGAUGGACGCUGCUGCAAAAGCUGCUGCUCAAGAGGCUGCUGCAAGGAAUGCGAGACUUGCAGCAGCAAAGAAGAAAGAGAAGAACCAUUACAACCAGCAGCCAGUGCGGUAAACGACGAUUUUGUUGUGGAGACUUUUCUUCAACAUCUAUAUAUGAACAUGUAACUCUCAUUGUUCAUAUGAUAGUGCGAAAUAAACUUUGCUGUGGUUUUGUGAAAGAUGACUUUUAGUAUUGUUGCCAUGGACUGAAUGAGGUCUCUUCUUUGGCGUUUUGGAUCUUAUUGUUGGAAAUUGUCAUGGGACAUAUCAUUUUGGCAGUUUUGCUCGUUGAAUAUUUUUCCUUGGAAACUAGAAAGUAGUUCAACUUGAUAGGUCUGUGUAUUGUUGUAGUUCUCUGGACUUCCCGUUAUUGUUCUGAUCUCUUAUGAAAUUUUUGGCACUAUGAGAAAUUAUUGCUAUUUAUUUUGAA